GGCGUGGAUUGGAUACCACAAUCGCUCCAAGUUCCCCUGAGGUCAGCAUCGUCAUCCUGGGGAGUUUCCUCAAUUUCAUCGCUAGAACUAUCUACGGUCGUGCUCACGCGGGGAGUCGCCCAAGCGGAGCUUCCAUUAGCGACUCCAAGCACUCCCCGAUUUCUGAAUCACCACCAAGGAUCGACUGAAGUUGGAGUAAAACUAGGGUCCGAUGCCUUCAACGUGGAGACAAGGCACUCCCGCGGGCUGUCGCGACGUGAUUCUGCUCAGGCUGCCGUUCGAUAAACACCCCACCGGCGGAGUGGAAUUUGGACGAUGUGGUGACACCUUCGUCUCCAACAUUGCGGAGCAUACGUCAGCCGUUCCCAGCGAUAUUCAUGUCGGCGACUUCGUCGAAGAGGUGGCCGGAGUCCGUUGCCGGGAUGUUCCGCUCGCGGAGCUGGAGCACCUGAUGAGGGAUUCACUCGCCGGUCGCGACGGUCAAGUGCGGCUGAAACUCAGGUCGGAUCGUAGGAUCGUGAUCCCCCGUUCUGUGGACGAACAGAAAAACUGUUUGAGAGCAAGAUCGCGAUUGUUCAAAUCGAGGAAAGCGAUGCGGUCGAUGAGCAAGAUGACUCCGAUGGAACCUUCUGGGCAUGGAAUAGAGAUCAAGCUUAGGCUUGAAGACGAUGUUAUUAUCCCAACCCCUGACAGGCGAACAGAAAUCAAGAAAUGCAACCUUGAUAUGCGACCAGAACCAAGGAGAGACAGUCGCCCACCUUCUCCGCCUCGCAAGGACGGGGCGACAAACACCGAGUUCACUGCCAGCUACGUCUUCAGAGCUGAAGAAUUCAAAGCUCUCCUGAAGUCGCAGAAAAAAAGAGACACUCGACAAGAAGGAAUAUUUGCCAAACAGGUUCAGGCAUUCAACAGAAUGGGAAUUAGUGACGACUGGAAACGUCAUCGGAAUUGGAGAAAUAAGGGACAUGGAAAAGCAACGAAGCAUCUCAAAGCAUCGGAAUCCGAUCGGGGGGAGUCGAAAGGAUUCUAUUCUCCUCCUCAUGAGACUUGUCUGAAGUCCGCUCUCAGCUGCCUCGAGCGCGCGCUCAAUCCGAGCGGGGAUUCGGAAAGAAAUUCGAAGUGAUUGGGCUCGGAUAGAUUCCCCACGAGCUUGUCACUUGAUUCUCCAGGGAACAUUCUCGAUCCGAAUAGAUCGAAGUACUUUAAGCACGCCUCCUAUCUGAUUCUUGGAUGAGCGGGCGCAAUGCCUCGCCUCCUGGGAGGUUCCGCCAGGAUAAGGGCAGAUUAGAGCUUGGCUUGGAAAUUCGAGGAAUGCUUCGACACGUUGAGGGGAAGCUUACGAAGCUUCAAUUAUUGGGGUCUUGCGCGUGACUGUACCGUCCUGCUUCCAUCGCAUGGAGAUUCACGAUUAGCCGAUCUCGGACAUUGGGAUCAAUAAAGACGUCGUUACACU